GGGAGAGGAGUCCGGACCGCCUCGGCUGUAGCCCGAUCGCUCCAGAACAGCGCCCCGUUCGCUCCCCCAGGCAGCCUUCCGGGCAAGGAGCGUCCAUCCCCUCGAGAGGCAAAGACCCAGAGCGGCGGCUCCUCCCCCGGACCCGGGGCGGAGGGAGGCAGGGAGAGGGACUGAAUCGCUCUCGCUCGUUCUCUCUCUCUAGCGGACGCGGCUGGAGAGGUGGCGGGCGAUGUGACCCUGGUAGCGGGGCGAGCUACAGCUCGGCGAGAAGAUGUGGCUGAAGCCCGAGGAGGUGCUCCUGAAAAACGCCCUCAAGCUCUGGGUGACCCAGAAAAAUAGUGGCUACUUCGUACUGCAGCGCCGGCGGGGACACGGCGACGGUAGCGGUCGGUUCACUGGUCGUCUAGUAGGAGCUCUGGAUGCUGUACUUGAUUCUAAUGCACGUGUUGCUCCAUUUCGGAUUUUGCUACAAGUACCAGGAUCACCUACUUAUUCUGCCAUUGCAUGUGGUGAGUUAUUGAACGGAUCAGAGCUUUACUGGGCCAUUGCCAUUGGUGCCACAGUUGAGGAGAUAAACCAUCACUGGGAAUGGCUGGAACAAAACCUGCUCCAUACCUUGUCUGUGUUUGAUAAUAAAGAAGAUAUUGUCAGCUUUGUCAGAGGUAAAAUAAAGGCAUUAAUAGCAGAAGAAACCAGCAGCAAGGUAGCAGAACAGGAAGAAGACCCUGAGAAGUUCAGAGAAGCACUAGUAAAAUUUGAGACCAGGUUUAACUUCCCCGAAGUAGAAAAACUGAUUACGUAUUACUCAUGUUGCUGCUGGAAAGGGAAAGUUCCUCGCCAGGGAUGGCUUUAUCUAAGCAUUAAUCACCUCUGUUUCUAUUCCUUCUUUUUGGGCAAGGAAUUAAAACUUACUAUAUCCUGGGUUGAUAUUCAGAAACUGGAAAGAACCUCCAAUAUAUUUAUGACUGACAUUAUCCGUAUCACCACUCAAAAUAAAGAACGAGAUUUCUCCAUGUUUCUUAAUAUUGAUGAGGCAUUUAGGAUAAUGGAACAGUUGGCAGAUGUGACUCUCCGCAGGUUACUAGAUAAUGAGAUUUUUGAACUGGAUCCAGGUCUGCAGGACCCUACUCAAAUCACCAAGAGGGAUUUGGAGACAAGAGCACAAAAUGAAUACUUCAGAGCCUUUUUUAGGUUACCAAAGAAAGAGAGGUUGCAUGAAAUUGUGGAUUGUUCUUUAUGGACACCCUUCAGCCGUUGUCACACAGCUGGGAAGCUGUAUGCUUCUGAUGGUUACAUUUGUUUUGCUAGCAAAGAAGAUGGCUGCUGUAAUAUUCUUAUUCCGCUUACUGAGGUUGCUAGUAUCGAGAAGAUGGAGGAUACAAGUCUUCUACCCAAUCCCAUCAUUAUUAGUGUAAAAAGCAAGACAGCUUUUCAGUUCAUUGAAUUGAAGGACAGGGAUGCUCUGGUGGAAAAUCUAUGCUUAAGACUGAAACAAGUGAAGGCAAAUAACCUUGUGCUCCAGAAUGCUUUCAAAAGCAAAGAUAUGCACAACUCUCAUGUAAUACAUGCUGACUAUGAAUUGGAGGGAUUUGGAACAGCUUCCCAGAGUAAUGAUAAGUGUGAAAAUGACAGAAACAGAAAACACCUGCCAAAUACAGAAGCUCUGAGUUCAGCAUUUCACCCUUCUGGAAUGGAUGGCCUUGAGUUCAGAAUGUCUAGAGAGCAAAUAAAAGAGAGGCUGUGGGAUGAUCAUUUUGCUGAGUAUGGCCGAACUGUUUGUAUGUUUCGAACAGAGAAAAUUAGGAAACUGGUUGCUAUGGGAAUCCCAGAAUCAUUACGAGGCAAACUAUGGCUCAUUUUCUCAGAUGCUAUGUCUGAUCUGUAUUCACAUCCUGGUUACUAUGAAGAUUUAGUGGAAAUGUCAAUGGGUAUGUAUUGCAUAGCGACAGAGGAAAUAGAGCGUGACUUGCAUCGUUCUCUACCUGAACAUCCAGCCUUCCAAAGUGAAACAGGCAUAGCUGCAUUGAGAAGAGUCUUAACAGCUUAUGCACACAGAAAUCCCAAAAUUGGGUAUUGUCAGUCCAUGAAUAUAUUGACCUCAGUUUUACUGCUAUAUGCUAAAGAAGAGGAAGCUUUUUGGUUGCUUGUAUCAGUUUGUGAAAGGAUGCUCCCAGAUUAUUUUAAUCACCGGGUAAUAGGUGCUCAAGUGGACCAGUCAGUAUUUGAAGAGUUAAUCAGAGAGAGACUUCCUGAAUUAGCUGAACAUUUUAAAGACCUCUCGACACUAGCUUCUGUUUCUUUGUCGUGGUUCUUAACACUUUUCCUUAGCAUCAUGCCCCUUGAAAGUGCUGUUAACGUUGUAGACUGUUUCUUCUUUGAUGGGAUAAAGGCCAUUUUCCAAUUGGGCUUAGCUGUUCUUGAAGCGAAUGCUGUGGAACUGUGCAGCAGCAAAGAUGACGGGCAUGCUUUGAUGAUUCUCAGCAGAUUUCUAGAUCAUGUUAAAAAUGAGGAAAGCCCUUUGCCACCAAUUGGGAACCAACAUGCCUUUUUCAGCGAUGAUAUGGAACCUUGUCCUAUAACAGAAAUAGCGGAUCUAAUACGGGAUUCAUAUGAGAAAUUUGGAGACCAUUCUGUAGAACAGAUUGAGCAUAUGCGCUACAAACACAGGAUCCGUGUACUCCAGAGUCAUGAAGAAACCACUAAACAGAAUGUGCUCAGAGUGGUUAUUCCAGAUGUUUCUAUUGUUCCAGAAGAUUUGGGGGAACUAUAUGACUUAUUUAAGAAAGAGCAUUUAAUAAGCUGUUACUGGGAAUGGAAUAGUGCAGUUGUAAUUCAGCGUCAUGAUCCAAAUCGACCCUAUGCUGAGCAAUAUCGAAUUGAUUCUCAGCAAUUUACUAACCUUUUAAAACUUGUUUCACCUUGGAUAUGUGGUGAACAUACUCAGGUUCUAGCAGAAAGAACAUUCCGCCUUUUGGAUGAAAACAUGGACCAUCUGAUUGAAUUCAAAGCAUUUGUUAGCUGCUUAGAUAUUAUGUACAAUGGAGAAAUGAAUGAAAAAAUUAAACUGUUGUACAGAUUACAUAUUCCUCCUGCCCUCACAGAAAAUGAAAGGGACAGUCAGUCACCACUAAAGAAUUCUUUGCUAUCAACUUCAAGGCCACUAGUAAUUGGAAAAUCAAACAGUGAUGGCAUAGAUUAUCAGAAGCAGUUGAAACAGAUGCUGAAGGAUUUAGCCAAAGAUACCAAGGCUGAAAAAGAACUACCUAAAAUGAGCCAGCGAGAAUUUAUCCAGUUUUGUAAGACCUUGUACAGCAUGUUCCAUGAAGAUCCAGAAGAAAACGAGUUGUAUCAAGCUAUUGCUACGGUGACCACAUUGUUACUUCAGAUUGGAGAAGUUGGCCAAAGAAGCAGCAGCUCAGGCUCCGAUGAUUUCAGUGAGGAUUUCCAGACGGAGGCAUCUACUUCAGAGCAAGAUCAAGUUUUUACAGACACUGUGAAGAUCUCAAAGAAUGUGCCCUCACCUGCAGCAGGAGAUUGGAUUGUUUCUUUUGAACAAAUCUUGGCUUCCCUAUUAACUGAACAAUCCCUAGUCAAUUUCUUCGAGAAAUCCUUAGAAUUAAAACCAAAACUAGAGACUGCAAAGCUGACCCAGUGUAACCCCAAAUCAAGUGGCGGAAGCCAGCCAUCACGAAGUGAAACUGAGCAGCUAAAUGUACAGUAGCAAGCAACGGUUAUGUACUACCAAAAUGCAUACUGUAAUUUUAGGGCUUUUGGACCAACACAAAUAUUUAAUACUCUUGGAGAGCUUUAAAGCCAAAACACAACUUAAAAUGUGGUUCCGUGGUAAGGAGACCAUCUGUUUUCUUUUUGAAUGUAAUUUAAAACUCCAUCUUCACUUUGAAAAAGAUGCUGAGCUAGUUAAGCAAUUCUACCAAAAAGUAAAAAUAAAACUCACAGUUGACAACUUUGGCCAACUACAGGUUUUAUGAAUUGUUGCCUUUUUUGCACUAAUGCUUGUUUCAAUGCUGGUAAUUGAAACUAUUAAUAUAUUUGAAUCAAAGUUUGUAUGUCUUGCUUUCAAUGUUCCGUGUACAUGAACUAUGACUUUCUUUUUUCUGUGUGUGCACUUUUCAAUAAAAGAUUUUUGUAUCUGU